UCGCUCAUUUAGUUCAGUCCGUCGGUCUAUCGAACUGAAAGCAGUUCGAUAAGACUCUGAUAAUAAUAACAAAAAUGGCUGAUGUUGACGUUUUUAUAAGCAACUACACCCUUGUGGAUCCAGAAAUUUACCAACUAUGGAUCGAAGGAUUUUCUUCCAGCGAAGCUGUCUGCUACUUGAAACAGAAAGGAUUUGGUCAUUCAAUGGGUGCGCCAAUCGACUUGAUUGCAUCCGAUGUUCUGGACCAUUAUCGAACCUAUUCACUGAUUGAAACUUAUUUGCAUGCGCCCACAAAACUGAUGGAACAGUCCUGUUUCCAACUGGAGCAUCACACGCGAGACCUAAUCAUUGAGAAAUACUAUUCGAUCGAUGAUGUUGUGGCACGCGAGAUCUUGGGAAAGAAGCUGAGCUCACGUUAUCGCAAGGAUCUGGACGAGGUGGGCGAAAAAACGUGUGUUAAGCUCAAGUCCUGUCGACGACAAUUUGACAAUGUGAAACGCAUUUUCCGGGCUGUUGAGGAGCUGCCCGGCACCUUGACCAACAAUAUUAUGCAGCAUUUCUUCAUAUCGAACGAACUGGCCAAGAAAUAUGCUUGCAUCGUAUUUCUGGCCUGCCUGCGCUUUGAAACGUCCAAGAAGAAAUUGCAAUAUUUGAGCUUUAGCGAUUUGCUCACUUGUUCACACGCCAUCAUGAUUUACUGGACCUACACUUACCAGCACACUGGACCCGAGUACUAUGACACGGAGAUGGACAAGGAAUUUCUGUUGGACUUACGUGAACUGCGCUGUUUGCUGGACAAGGAAAAGGAAAUUAAACAUCUUGUCUGCUUGCGGCUAAAGCCUGUUCUUCUGGAGCGAGUCUUUCACGAAUUGGAUGGCAAUUUCCGUUCUUACUGGCGUGCGCUUAUCACCAUUGCGUGUAAUCUGCAUCGAAAUCGUGAGCUGCGUGAUCUAUUUGUGGAUCUUUGCGAGAGACUGGUAGAUCCUUGGCGUCAAAACGGCUGGAAUCGCGAGCAGGUUAACAAAUUUCUGUCUUCAAUAACACAGAGCGUUCUGGAUUUGGAAAUAUCCAGGGACCAAGAGACGCGUUGUCUUUGGGAUCGUUAUAUGCAGGUUAUAACUAUAUGUUUGGACAAAAUGUAUCAUAUAUAAAAAAAAUGUGUUUUGUUGUUUAUUUUUUAGUAUUA